GAGUUUUUUACGUUUCGGGGCAGCAGCGCGCGCGAUAAAACAACAUCAACAACAACAACAACAACAACAACAACAGCGGCUGCGAUCCGGAUCAACAUGAACCUGAUCGGGGGCUACCAGCACCACCACCCGCACCCCCACCACCACCUGAUGCACGAGCCCUUCCCGUUCGUGCAGCGGUGUCACCAGGACGCGCCGUACUUCCAGAGCUGGGUGCUGAACCACGGCGACCCGCACCCGCCGCACCCGCACCCGCACCCGCCGCCGCCCUCGGACUUCCAGCUGCAGGCGCAGUACGCGGCCGCGGAGCACGGGGGCGCGCCCCCCGGGGCUGCGCACGACGCCCGGCUCGAGGCGCUCCAGGCCGGCGCGGGGAAGCGGAGGACGUCGGGUCCGAAGAAGGAGCGCCGGCGCACGGAGAGCAUCAACACGGCGUUCGCGGAGCUGCGCGAGUGCAUCCCCAACGUGCCCGCGGACACCAAGCUGUCCAAGAUCAAGACGCUGCGCCUCGCGACCAGCUACAUCGCCUACCUGAUGGACGUCCUGGACAAGGACUCCGGGGAGGCCGAGGGCUUCAAGGCCGAGAUCAAGAAGUAUGAAAACCGGGAUCUGAAACGGAAACGGGAGCCGGUAAGUCCCGAUUGUUAG